AGUAAUUUGAAUCAGUAAUACCUAAUAAGUACACAUUGGACUACAGCGCAUCCCCAUUGCAUUGGAAACCAAAUACGACUGCUAGUAGCCUAGAAACGAAACUGAAUGUAUAUUGCCGAUAUCUUGGUUUAUUGGAAUACCAACGGAAACGUGAGGCGAUAAAGAUCGGUUGUAGCUAAGGAGCAAAGAGGAUCUCCUUUGGACUAGCUAGCUGCUUAGCAAACAAGCUGUCGACCGUACCCAUUUGAUGUUUCUCUUUUUUGUUUCGUUGUAAGCAUUUUCGGACCCUCGGACGUCGUAUGAGGUGAUCUACUUUUGCCGCCAGCCACCACUGUGGCAAAUGCCACCGAGCUUGCCGGGACGUGGAAGGAGGCUGAUCGCCAAUCUUGAACUAAGGUGCUAGCUAAGUACGUCUGGAUUGGACCCUCACGGGGUUCUCGGUGUGCAUGCACCGCUUAUUAAAUCCACUUUAGCUGCUCCGUAACAAGGGCCGGAUAAACGGGAGCUGAAAUGUCCGAGCUCAACAAAGAAGUGGUCGAACUGGUGUGGGGAAGACAGACUAGCAGCGGCAUGACGGACUCUCUCUUCAGGAGAUGGACGCAAGGGUUUGUCUUCAGUGAGACGGAGCGCACUGCGCUGGAGCAGUUUGAAGGGGGCCCUUGCGCUGUGAUCGCACCUGUUCAGGCCUUCCUUCUGAAGAAUGUCUUGUUUAAUUGUGAGAGGUCCAACUGGCGAGAUAUUUCUGAUGACGAGCAGAAAGCUGUACUGUGUUACACUCUUGCGGAAAUUUUGGAAACCGCCUGCUUCAACAAAUCCAAGUCGUACUGCUUAGUCACUUGGCCAAAGGGAAAAGUUUUGGAAGAGAACUCUGACAUCCCCGACGGCCACCCAGAGUCGAGUCAGUCAACAGAGGACCAACAGCCCUCUGCUCUUGCUGCAGAGGAGAUUGGCUUUGAAAGAUUUCACACCAUAAUUCACAAGAGGACACUGGAGACGGCUGGGGAGCUAAAGGAGGCAGUGCUGGCCCUGUAUGACACAUGGAGGAACCAGUUCGGAGUCCUGCUUUUCCUUUACUCUGUCAUACUGACAAAGGGUAUAGAAAAUAUAAAGAAUGAGAUUGAAGACACUUCUGAGCCCUUGAUCGACCCGGUCUACGGCCAUGGAAGCCAGAGCCUGAUCAACCUACUAAUGACAGGCCACGCGGUGUCCAAUGUAUGGGACGGGGACAGGGAAUGCUCUGGAAUGAAGUUGCACGGUAUCCAUGACCAGGCAACUGUGGGCUUUCUAACCCUGAUGGAGUCUCUGCGCUACUGCAAGGUCGGAGCAUUUCUCAAGUCUCCAAAGUUCCCUAUUUGGAUACUUGGCAGCGAGACGCAUCUCUCUGUGUUUUUUGCCAAGGAGAUGUCCCUGGUUGCCCCAGAGUCGCCAUCAGAACAAGCCCGAAGGGUAUUCCAGACCUUCGACCCAGAAGAUAAUGGCUUCAUACCCGAUACGCUGCUGGAGGACGUGAUGAAGGCCCUGGAUCUUGUCUCGGAGCCGGAAUAUGUAAACCUUAUGAAGAACAAAUUGGACCCGGAAGGACUGGGCAUUGUGUUACUGGGGCCCUUUCUACUGGAAUUUUUCCCUGAUCAGGAUACUGGCAUCCCAGACUCAUUUCCUGUUUAUCACUACAAUGGUCUGAAGCAGUCAAACCACAACGAGAAGGUGAUGUACGUGGAAGGAACGGCUUUAGUCCUGGGGUUCGAGGACCCGAUGGUACGCACGGACGACACGCCCAUCAAGCGCUGCCUCCAGACCAAAUGGCCAUACAUCGAGCUGCUGUGGACCACAGACCGAUCCCCCUCCUUGAAUUAACUCCCGACCUCUGACCAAGUCACGCGUUAAAGUAUAGGGAUGUUGUGACGCUACCAGGGAACAGUUAAGAAUUUGUAUUCUUACCACAGUAUGAUUCAGACAGAAUUCCUUCUUCCCUCUCUCUCUGUUUUCCAGCGUGCUUAAGAGGUCCUGCAGCAGUGCCUCAACUGUACAGAGAAAUGUUUAUAUUCAGCACUCUGUUCUUUCAUCAUCAAUGUCGUCCACCGUUUCCUUUAAAUUUCGCUUGUAAAUGUACAGGGUUUUUUUUUUUUUUGUUUUGUUUUGUUUCGUUUUUGUUGUUUGUUUCGUUUUGUUUUCAG